AUGGCACAGGAGAGUGAGUAUCAUUGGGUUGGCCGUAGCAACAAUAAUGAGAACAGUGUUAGUGCGGCAGCUGGUGGAGUCAGGUACAACAUGCCCUUCAAAGCCCAGAUUCAGAAAUGGGUGCAGUACCUUUCUAACUCCACCGACAUCAUCGAGAGCUGGAUGACUGUGCAGAACUUGUGGAUUUACUUAGAAGCUGUCUUUGUGGGAGGAGACAUUGCCAAGCAGCUGCCCAAGGAAGCUAAGCGCUUUUCCAACAUAGAUAAGUCUUGGGUGAAGAUCAUGACUCGCGCACAUGAAAUGCCAAAUGUGGUUCAUUGCUGUGUUGGAGAUGAGACCAUGGGGCAGCUUUUACCACACUUACUGGAGCAGCUGGAGAUAUGCCAGAAAUCCCUUACUGGGUGUUACAUCACGUUGGCUCAAGCUUUGGGGAUGAGUAUGGGGGGAGCUCCUGCCGGACCUGCAGGGACAGGCAAAACAGAAACAACCAAAGAUAUGGGACGAUGUCUUGGGAAAUAUGUCGUGGUUUUCAAUUGUUCAGACCAGAUGGAUUUCCGAGGACUUGGACGGAUUUUUAAAGGACUGGCACAGUCUGGAUCCUGGGGUUGUUUUGAUGAAUUUAACCGUAUCGAUCUACCGGUUCUCUCAGUUGCGGCUCAGCAAAUUUCCAUCAUUCUGACUUGUAAAAAGGAGCGUAAAAAAUCUUUUAUUUUUACUGAUGGAGAUAAUGUGACAAUGAACCCUGAAUUUGGACUUUUUCUAACCAUGAAUCCUGGCUAUGCUGGGCGGCAGGAACUUCCGGAAAACCUGAAGAUUAACUUCCGCUCCGUGGCCAUGAUGGUCCCCGACCGUCAGAUUAUCAUACGGGUGAAGUUGGCGAGUUGUGGCUUCAUUGACAACAUCGUUCUGGCCAGGAAGUUUUUCACGCUCUACAAGCUGUGCGAAGAGCAGCUGUCUAAGCAGGUGCAUUAUGACUUUGGUCUACGUAACAUUCUGUCAGUGCUGAGGACACUGGGAGCCGCGAAAAGAGCCAGCCCCACAGAUACAGAAUCCACUAUAGUCAUGCGUGUUCUACGGGAUAUGAAUCUCUCUAAACUGAUUGAUGAAGAUGAACCCUUAUUUUUGAGUUUGAUUGAAGAUCUCUUUCCGAAUAAUCUUCUGGAUAAAGCAGGAUAUCCUGAACUGGAAACAGCAAUUAGUAGAUGGGUUGAAGAAGCUGGUUUAAUCAACCACCCUCCUUGGAAACUCAAAGUCAUCCAGUUAUUUGAAACGCAGAGGGUGAGGCAUGGAAUGAUGACCCUGGGGCCCAGUGGGGCUGGAAAAACGACCUGCAUCCACACCUUGAUGAAAGCCAUGACAGAUUGUGGAAAACCACACCGGGAAAUGAGGAUGAAUCCCAAAGCGAUUACAGCUCCACAGAUGUUUGGUCGGCUUGAUGUGGCCACAAAUGACUGGACAGAUGGAAUAUUUUCUACACUUUGGAGGAAAACAUUGAGAGCUAAGAAAGGGGAACAUAUCUGGAUAGUUCUUGACGGUCCAGUAGAUGCCAUCUGGAUUGAAAAUCUGAAUUCUGUUUUGGAUGAUAACAAAACUCUGACUCUUGCCAAUGGUGAUCGGAUCCCCAUGGCUCCAAACUGCAAGAUUGUUUUUGAACCUCAUAACAUCGACAAUGCCUCUCCUGCCACAGUCUCAAGAAAUGGAAUGGUUUUCAUGAGCUCUUCUGUCCUCAGCUGGAGUCCUAUUCUUGAGGGUUUUCUUAAAAAGCGCUCGCCUCAAGAAGCUGAGGUUCUACGUCAGCUGUACACCAAGUCCUUUCCAGACCUGUAUCGCUUCAGUGUUCAGAACCUGGAACACAAGAUGGAGAUGCUCGAAGCCUUUGUCAUCCUGCAGAGUACUCAUAUGCUUCAAGGCCUGAUCCCUCCGAAGGAGCAGGGUGGGGAGGUCACGUCUGAGCACCUGGAACGGCUGUACGUCUUCUCGUUGAUGUGGAGCGUUGGGGCCGUGCUGGAACUGGAUGGCCGGCGCAGGGUGGAGCACUGGCUGCGCUCCCAGGACUCGGUGACCUUGGACCUGCCGACACUGGCAGGCGCAGAAGACACCAUGUUUGACUAUUACGUGACAUCAGAUGGUAAAUGGAUGCACUGGAACACAUGCACUGAGGAGUACGUGUAUCCGUCUGACACAACCCCGGAAUAUGGCUCCAUCCUGGUGCCAAAUGUCGACAACGUGAGGACUGACUUUCUCAUUAAAACCAUCGCCAAACAGGGCAAGGCUGUGCUGUUAAUUGGUGAGCAAGGAACAGCCAAAACUGUGAUCAUCAAGGGAUUUAUGUCCAAAUACGAUCCUGAAAGUCACAUGAUCAAGAGUCUGAACUUUUCUUCUGCAACCACCCCAUUGAUGUUUCAGGUUACUAAUGAGAUAGUACGACAACUGAUGGAGCAGAAUGGGUUCUAUAACCUUGAGAAGCCUGGCGAGUUCACCAGCAUUGUGGACAUCCAGUUUUUGGCUGCCAUGAUCCAUCCUGGGGGUGGACGCAAUGACAUACCACAAAGACUCAAAAGGCAGUUCUCUAUAUUUAACUGCACGCUGCCCUCCGAUGCUUCCAUGGACAAGAUCUUUGGUGUCAUUGGGGUAGGCUUCUACUGCACCCAGAGGGGUUUCUCAGAAGAAGUGCGAGACUCUGUGGCCAAACUGGUGCCCCUGACACGUCAGCUAUGGCAGAUGACCAAGAUGAAAAUGCUCCCUACCCCUGCAAAAUUCCAUUAUGUAUUUAACCUUCGAGAUCUUUCCAGGAUCUGGCAGGGAAUGCUGAAUAUGACCUCUGAGGUUAUCAAGGAAUCAGAUGAGCUGUUAAGGCUGUGGAAGCAUGAAUGUAAACGUGUCAUAGCUGACCGGUUCACGGUGUCUGAGGAUGCAGCCUGGUUUGAUGAGGCUUUAGUCAGUUUGGUGGAGGAGGAGUUUGGUGAAGAGAAAAAACUUAUUGUCGAUUGUGGAAUUGAUGCUUAUUUUGUGGAUUUCUUGAGGGAUGCGCCUGAAGCUGCAGGUGAAGCAUCUGAGGAGGCUGAUGCUGAAAUGCCCAAAAUUUAUGAGCCAAUUGAGUCCUUUCAUCACCUGAAGGAGCGUUUGAACAUGUUCCUGCAGCUGCAUGAUGAGAGCACCCGCGGAGCUGGCAUGGACAUGGUGUUCUUUGCAGAUGCGAUGGUUCACUUAGUCAAGAUCUCUCGGGUUAUUCGUACUCCCCGGGGCAACGCCCUCCUCGUUGGUGUGGGCGGAUCUGGGAAGCAGAGCUUGACAAGAUUGGCUUCAUUCAUUGCUGGCUACUCUUCCUUCCAGAUCACUCUGACAAGCCAUCAGAGGGUGUCUGAACACUUCCUCUCGUCCUAUGAUAUUGACUGCAGUUUGGAAACCAAGAAGGAGGUGGUCCAGUGCAUGGGCUCCUUUCAGGAUGGAGUGGCUGAGAAGUGUGUGGAUUAUUUCCAGCGAUUCCGACGUUCUACCCAUGUGACGCCCAAAUCAUACCUGUCCUUUAUCCAGAGCUAUAAGUUCAUCUAUGGAGAAAAGCAUGCAGAAGUACAAACCCUGGCCAACAGAAUGAAUACUGGAUUGGAAAAACUAAAAGAAGCUUCAGAAUCAGUUGCAGCCCUGAGCAAAGAACUAGAAGUGAAAGAAAAGGAGCUACAAGUGGCCAAUGAAAAAGCCGACACGGUAUUAAAAGAAGUGACAAUGAAAGCCCAGGCUGCUGAAAAGGUCAAGGCUGAGGUCCAGAAGGUGAAGGACAAAGCCCAGGCUAUUGUAGACAGCAUCUCUAAAGAUAAGGCCAUUGCUGAAGAAAAACUGGAAGCAGCAAAACCAGCUUUAGAAGAAGCAGAGGCAGCAUUGCAGACCAUCAAGCCCUCCGACAUUGCGACUGUCCGCACGCUGGGCCGACCCCCACACCUCAUCAUGAAGAUCAUGGACUGUGUGCUGCUGCUGUUUCAAAGGAAAGUCAAUGCAGUGAAAGUGGACCUGGAGAGAAGCUGUACAGUCCCUUCCUGGCAGGAAUCUUUAAAACUGAUGACGGCAGGGAACUUUCUACAGAACUUACAGCAAUUCCCCAAAGACACAAUCAAUGAAGAAGUGAUAGAAUUUUUGAGUCCUUACUUUGAAAUGGCAGACUAUAACAUCGAAACAGCCAAACGUGUAUGUGGGAAUGUGGCUGGUCUUUGUUCCUGGACUAAAGCCAUGGCUUCUUUCUUUUCCAUCAACAAAGAGGUGUUGCCUCUGAAGACCUUACUUGAAGAUGCGGAGCGGUGUAGACAUAAGAUGCAGACAGCAUCAACAUUGAUCAGUGGCUUGGCAGGUGAAAAGGAAAGAUGGACAGAGCAAAGUAAAGAGUUUGCUGCACAAACUAAAAGACUCGUAGGGGAUGUGUUGUUGGCUACAGCUUUUCUCUCCUAUUCUGGUCCAUUUAACCAAGAGUUUCGCAAUCUGUUGUUAAACGACUGGCAGAAGGAGAUGAAAGCCCGGAAAAUUCCAUUUGGCAACGAUCUAAAUCUCAAUGAGAUAUUGAUUGAUGCUCCUACUAUUAGUGAGUGGAACCUCCAAGGUCUGCCAAAUGAUGACCUGUCCAUCCAGAAUGGGAUUAUUGUCACAAAGGCUUCUCGCUACCCGUUGUUAAUUGACCCACAGACUCAAGGCAAGAUCUGGAUUAAAAAUAAAGAAAGCCUAAAUGAACUCCAGAUCACAUCUCUAAAUCACAAGUACUUCAGAAACCACCUGGAGGACAGUCUUUCUCUUGGAAGGCCCUUGCUUAUUGAAGAUGUUGGGGAGGAACUAGAUCCAGCCCUGGACAAUGUUUUAGAAAGAAACUUCAUUAAAACUGGGUCUACGUUUAAGGUGAAAGUUGGUGACAAGGAAGUUGAUGUUAUGGAUGGCUUCAGACUCUACAUCACCACCAAGCUUCCCAAUCCAGCCUACACUCCUGAGAUCAGUGCUCGUACUUCCAUCAUUGACUUCACUGUCACUGUGAAAGGCCUAGAAGAUCAGUUACUGGGGAGGGUCAUUCUCACAGAGAAGCAGGAAUUGGAGAAAGAAAGAACUCAUCUUAUGGAAGACAUUACUGCAAACAAAAGAAAGAUGAAGGAACUAGAAGAUAAUUUGCUUUACCAUCUGACAAGCACUCAGGGGUCUCUGGUGGAAGACGAGAGUCUUAUUACUGUGCUGAGUAACACGAAAAAGACAGCUGAGGAGGUGACACAGAAGCUGGAGAUUUCUGCUGAGACAGAAAUUCAAAUUAACUCUGCCCGGGAGGAAUACAGGCCUGUUGCUACAAGGGGCAGCAUCCUCUACUUCCUCAUCACGGAGAUGAGCUUGGUUAAUGAGAUGUAUCAGACCUCACUGCGCCAGUUUCUUGGCUUGUUUGACCUUUCCUUAGCCAGGUCUGUCAAGAGCCCAAUUACAAGCAAGAGGAUUGCUAAUAUCAUCGAACACAUGACCUACGAGGUCUAUAAGUAUGCUGCCCGAGGGCUGUACGAAGAGCACAAAUUCCUGUUUACCUUGUUGCUCACCCUGAAGAUCGACGUCCAGAGGAAUCGCAUCAAGCAUGAAGAGUUUCUCACCCUGAUUAAAGAAUGGAUCCUGGACAUGACCUGGCUGAAUUUGGUGGAACUCAGCAAACUGAGACAGUUUUCAGAUGUUCUUGAUCAGAUUUCAAGAAAUGAGAAAAUGUGGAAAACUUGGUUUGAUAAGGAAAACCCUGAAGAGGAGCCUCUUCCAAAUGCCUAUGAUAAAUCUCUUGAUUGUUUCAGACGUCUUCUCCUUAUUAGGUCCUGGUGUCCUGAUAGAACCAUUGCCCAGGCCCGCAAAUACAUCAUGGACUCCAUGGGCGAAAAGUAUGCUGAAGGUGUUAUCCUGGACUUGGAAAAGAUGUGGGAGGAAUCUGAUCCUCGAACACCACUCAUCUGUCUCUUGUCUAUGGGCUCAGACCCCACGGAUUCCAUCAUCGCCUUGGGGAAGAGACUGAAAAUAGAAACCCGCUAUGUGUCCAUGGGCCAGGGCCAGGAGGUCCAUGCUCGCAAGCUCUUGCAGCAGACCAUGGCCAAUGGAGGAUGGGCACUUUUGCAGAACUGCCACCUGGGACUUGACUUCAUGGAUGAGCUCAUGGACGUAAUCACAGAGAUGGAAAUCAUACAUGACGCUUUCCGCCUAUGGAUGACCACCGAGGUUCAUAAGCAGUUCCCCAUUACACUCCUUCAGAUGGCCAUUAAAUUUGCCAAUGAGCCCCCACAGGGGCUGCGGGCAGGACUGAAAAGAACAUAUGGCGGCGUGAGCCAAGACCUGCUCGACGUGAGCACCAUGGUCCAGUGGAAGCCCAUGCUGUACGCGGUGGCUUUCCUGCACUCCACAGUCCAGGAGAGGCGGAAGUUUGGUCCACUUGGCUGGAAUAUACCCUACGAGUUCAAUCAAGCAGACUUCAAUGCUACAGUGCAGUUCAUUCAAAACCACUUGGAUGACAUGGACAUCAAAAAGGGAGUCUCCUGGAUCACCGUCCGCUACGUGAUAGGAGAGAUUCAGUAUGGAGGACGAGUCACUGAUGACUAUGAUAAGAGAUUGUUGAACACCUUUGCUAAGGUUUGGUUCAGUGAAAGUAUGUUUGGACCUGAUUUCAGCUUUUAUGAAGGAUACAAUAUUCCAAAAUGCAGCACCGUGGAGAACUAUCUUCAGUAUAUCCAGAGUUUACCGGCCUAUGACAGCCCCGAGGUGUUCGGGCUGCACCCCAAUGCUGACAUCACCUACCAGAGCAAGCUGGCCAAGGAUGUGCUGGACACCAUUCUUGGCAUCCAACCCAAAGACAGUUCUAGUGGAGGAGAUGAGACCCGAGAGGCUGUGGUGGCCCGGCUAGCUGAGGAUAUGCUGGAGAAGCUGCCCAUGGACUACAACCCGUUUGAAGCAUCUUGGGGUUCAAGUACAUUGGGUUUCUGGCUUACUGAACUUCUGGAAAGAAAUCGCCAGUUUACGUCCUGGGUUUUCAGUGGCCGGCCCCACUGCUUUUGGAUGACGGGCUUUUUCAACCCCCAAGGAUUUUUAACUGCUAUGCGCCAGGAAGUAACUCGUGCCAACAAAGGUUGGGCUCUGGACAAUAUGGUGCUUUGUAACGAAGUCACCAAAUGGAUGAAGGACGACAUCUCUGCUCCUCCAAUCGAGGGUGUCUAUGUCUAUGGCUUAUAUCUGGAAGGUGCUGGCUGGGACAAAAGAAACAUGAAACUCACUGAAUCAAAACCGAAAGUGCUCUUUGAGUUGAUGCCUGUCAUCAGGAUUUUUGCAGAAAACAACACUCUCAGGGAUCCUCGACUUUACUCCUGCCCCAUCUACAAGAAGCCGGUUCGGACAGACUUGAACUACAUCGCCGCCGUGGAGCUCAGGACGACACAGCCCCCUGAACACUGGGUGCUCCGUGGGGUUGCCCUUCUCUGUGAUGUCAAGUAA